AUGGCGUCGAAAAAGACAAAGCCCACCGCUGCUGCUGGUGACGACGUCGACAUUGACGAGCUGUUGUCUGGCCUUGACCGCGAUAAGAAGCCCAAGAAGACAACAAAGUCUAAGCCGACCUCUGCCGCAUCCAAGGCACUUGCCGAUCAGGAUAUUCUCGCCGACCUUGAAUCGGAGCUGGCUGAGCAGCCUUCACGACCUCAUACUCCCCGCCUCAAGGAUGCUACCCGCCGUUCCACAGCAACACCCCCCGCUGGCGACCCUCGCAAGUCUACCGAUAGUGCACGCAGCCUGAAAGCAACAUUCACACCAAGCGCCACGAGCUCAGAACUUUACGAGAACGAGAAGAAGCCAGCAUCUGAGCCUGUCCAGCAAGAACCUGCUCCUCAAGCCUCUGGUGGAGGAUGGUGGGGUGGCAUUUUAUCCACGGCCAGCGCUGCUAUGAAGCAGGCCGAAGCCGCUGUCUCACAGAUCCAGCAGAAUGAAGAGGCUAAGAAGUGGGCAGACCAGGUCAAGGGAAUCAGAGGACUUGAUGUCAACACGCUUCGAACCUAUGGUGAUGAACUCCGACACCGUGCUCUCCCGACUUUCACCAACAUCCUCCACACUCUUGCGCCUCCUAUCAGUUCCCAUGAACGACUUCUCAUUCAUAUCACCCACGAUCUUGUCGGCUACCCGUCACUCGACCCUCUGAUUCAUAACGUCUUUGGCCAUGUGAUGGCACAGGUUGAGGGCGGUGACCUUCUUGUCAUCCAGCGUGGCCAGGAGAGCCACUCUCGACGUAGUACCGAUAGUAUCACUGGAUGGCAUGACGGGCCUUGGUGGAGACAAACUGAUACACCCCGAGAGCUCGGAUUGAUUAAGGGUUUGCCUGAAGGAACCAAACUUUGCCGCGCCAACGCCGAAUCGCAUGCGAACGAAUACUUCUCUGCCAAUGGUGGUGUCGAAGCAGCCAAACACAAAGCCACCGAAGAUGUGAGCGAAACCAACCCUGUUAGAACCUCAGAUCUGUUCCUGGCUGUCCAGGCAAUUUCCGUGGAUGAGGACAAGAACCUGUUCGCUCGCACUGCUUCUGCGGAAAAGGAGAAGGACUCUUCUGGUGUUGAGGAUCAAGAUGAGAACGAGGAGCUUAUUUGUUUCGCUGUGUUCAUCCUGGAUCCUGUCCACGACAUUGAAUUUUAUACCGUCAGCCAGUCUGUUCCUGCCCGAUGGGUCCAGUGGCUCGAUACCCCCGCCCCUCUCACACCCCGAUCUGGCGAGGAUAGUGAUGUGGCCGACGCCAAUAUUCCCGAAGAGAUCAGGGAUAUCAUUGAGAGCGGUGGCGUUGACCCUCGAGAAUGGGUUGCGGAGUGGCUUGAGGAGCUUCUGAACCUUUCUAUCGGUACUGUUGCUCAACGAUAUGUCGCUCGCCGCAUGGGUGUUGGUGAGGGUGGCCUGGGCAGGGGCAAGAGAAGGAUGGAAGAUCUUGUGCAGGACAAUGCUGGUGAGGCUGCGCGUGCUGGCGUCAUCUAA